AUGCGAUCCCUUCUCCUUCUCACCCUACCUUGCCUCGUGGCAGCCUGGCCACCACGUUGGGGCUCCGACCCGUUCAGCCCGCUAGGCCCGUGGACGAAGAGGGGACCUCCCUGCGGCUUGCCGAAGUUCACCGAGCGACUGCCGGAAGAGUACCAGGCCAAGGUGAAAGCCAUCUGGGCCACGCACAAGGAGGGCGAAGAGUGCGAGAAGCAGCACAGAGAUACCAGAAAAAUUGUCCACUCCAUGCCGGAGGACGUACGUGACCAAAUCUUUGCCGGACGCUGUGGACCCUCGUUCUUGAGGAGCGUCACCAAGUCGGUCAAGAUGGAGUUCCGCGCCGUGUGGUUCGAUCACAAGCUCACGCUCGAGGAGAAGGAGACCGCCCUCAAGAAGCUGGCCUACUCGCUGUUGAACGGAGAGGCUCUGGCCCUGUUCAACAAGUGGGAGGAGGAGCUGCAGAUCCGCAAGACCGAGCUGCACGAGCGUGUCCUCGCCCUGUCCCCUGAUGCCAAGCAAGCCUAUGAUACCUGGAAGAAGAUCCGCCAAGAGGAGCGCAACUUCCUUGGCAACCUGCCCAAGGAGGUGCGUGAGGAGCUGAAGACUCUCUGCGGCUGGCAUCCGAGCAAGAAAAUGAUGGCACUCGCCUCCACCCAGAAGCCGUCCACUACCACAGAGGCUGCUGUCACCAGCACCACCCCCGAGCCAAUCGUCGAAGAAUCGCAGAAGGAGAAGGAGUUCCGUGUCUUCUUGGACGUCCAGAUGCCCGAAGACCUGACCUCGGAGGCCGAGUGCUCUCUCUACCUC